AUGAUUUUAAAUUUAAUCUGUAAAAUAAAUUUUAAGAGCGGUGCUUGUGAUUUUUCAACAGAAAAUGAAUCUCAUUUAGAACUAGAAAACAAUUCAUUUGAUGAAUUGAAUUCUUUUAGUAAUAUUGAAGAAAAUUCAUUUAAUAAUACUGGAGAUACUGAUGAAUUAUUUGAUCCUGAUUUUUUGUUACCUUUUAAUAAUGAGGAGUUUAAUUGUUAUACACAAAGUUCUUUAAAUGAGAAUGUUAUUAUUGAUGAUGAAAUAAAAACUGUUGGUGAUGAAAUGAAAAUUGAUGAUGAAAAUAAAAAAACAAAGGUUAAAAAUAGAAAAAGAAAACAUGAAGAUUGUUUUUACCGAAUAAGACUAAAUAAUAAUAAAUAUAUGAAAUAUUCUUUUAAAAUCAACCACACAUUCCAAUCUAAUUAUGAUGAUCAAACUAGAGAAAAUAUUAGAAAUUACAACAAAUACAUCAGUUUGAUUAAAAAAAACAACUUUUUGAAAUUUCAUGAAUUUAAAAAAGAUGAAUGUUUAAAGAUUUUUAAAUGUUACAAUAAAAACCCAAUAGAUUUUGAAGAAAUUGUAACUAAAAUUAUAUCUAGAGUGUUGACAAUAAAAGAUAAAAAAUUCUAUAAAGAACUUUAA